AUGGCUUUUCAAAUCCGAAGAUUUAAAGCAAAAUCUACAAAAAUCUUAACAGAAGAUGAAUAUGAAGACUCUUCUGAACACUCAUUUUCGUCUCCCAGAGAUAUAUCAUUUACUCAAAAAACACCGUUUCAAACAGAUCAAUCAGACUCAAAUUCUAAACUAACAAAUGAAAAAAAGAAAUAUAAAGGAUUAAGACUAAGUUUUGGACAUGAAGAAAGUGAUCAAGAGCAUGAAAUUUUUGUACCAAAAAAAUCGCUUCUGAGUCAACAGUCUCAGAAAGAAAAGCCGCAAAUAGGGUCUCAACUUCAGAUUAACAUACCUAAAUCGGUUGAAAAGAUGUCUUCAGAGACGCCUAAGUAUAAUUCAGAAUAUCUCUCUGAACUUCGCUCAUCUACUCCAUCAACACCAAAAGAAUUCUGUACUAUAUACAAAGAAACUAUUAAUAUGGAUGAUUUAUCUAUAACGGAAAAUAUUUCUUACUCUAAGGCCCCUAAGAUUUUGGACGAGGGAAUUGUUAAAGCUUUAAAAGAAAGGCGCACAGAAAAAAUUAAACAAAGUAAAUUAAAUAGUUGUUAUAUUCCUUUAGAAGAUGACAACCAAAUGGUUUUGUUUUCAAAAACAAAUGAGUCACGAUUGCAGCGUGAAGAUGAUUUACUUGAUGAUGGUAUUGAAGGGUUUCGAGAAUAUGUAGAUGAUGGAAUUGUACUUAAUAAAGAUUUAGAAAAGAGACAAGCUAAGCAAAAGCGUAUUGAGAUGGAAGAUGCUAUUGAAGAAGCAGAAAAUAUAGACAUUGAAGAAGAGUUUUCUUCAGAAGAAGAAUCACGUAUAUGGGAACAAACCCAAAUACGUAAAGGUGUAUAUGGUCCAAAUUUUGUAAAUACAAAUUUAACCUCACAAAAAAAAUAUCAACCAAUUAUAACUCAGAUACCAAAAUUCGAAAAUUCUAUAAAUCGACUAAAAAAUAAACUAUUUUCUAUGAAAUCAGAUAGAGAUAUUAUGUUGUCAGAAAUUGAAACAUUAAUGUUAGAAAAAGAAGAAAUUUCCAAAAGAGAAAACGACGUAAAAGAGUCUCUUGAAAAAGCUUCUCGCGAUUAUUCUAAUCUUCAAAUAAAAACACCUCAAGUAGAUUCACCUAUCCGUGGUCUUGAUUCAAUUGCUUCUUAUACUGUUAAACGAACGCCUAUUUCUCAAAGUAUUUCUUGA